AUGUCCAGCAAAGUUGGGGACAUUGGACCUAAGCGAAAGUCGAAGGUGUUGCUAGCAGAAUUCCAGAAACAUAGAGCAGCAGCUAACAGAGGCUUCCACAUAACCUUUAUCAACACAGAGUUCAACCACAGGCGCUUUCUUAAGUCUCAAGGCCCCAACUCUCUUGAUGGCUUGCCUGAUUUUCGGUUCGAAACCAUCCCCGAUGGCCUUCCGGACUCAGAUGAAGGUGCAACGCAAGAUGUCACUUUGCUUGCUGAGGCCAUUGUACAAGAUGUUUUCUUGGCUCCGUUUCGUAACCUCCUCAUAAAACUCAAGGACGCAGAAACUUCCAAUAAUAAUCCUCCGGUGACUUGCAUUGUUUCCGAUGGUUUCAUGUCGCCGUUCGCCAUCAAAGCUGCCGAAGAAUUUGGACUCCCUAUUGCACUCUUCUUCACUAUUGCUGCAUGCAGCUUCAUGGGAUUUAAACAAUUUCGCGCUUUGGUCGAAAAAGGACUUGCACCACUCAAGGAUGAGAGCUGCUUAACGAAUGGAUUCUUGGACGAGGUCAUAGAUUGGAUUCCAGGAAUGGAAGGUAUACGUUUAAGGAAUCUCCCAUCCUUCUUUCGAACCACAAAUCCGGACGAUGUCUUUCUUAACUUUAGCAUGGUGGCAACAGAUGAAGUUCAUAAAGCUGCAGCACUUGUUCUUCUUACAUUUGAUACUUUGGAAAAAGAAGUUCUGAGUGCACUCUCAUCUAUGCCUAAUAUUCCACCUGUUUAUACCAUUGGCCCUAUCGAAUUACUUCUCAAUCAGAUACCAAAAGACCCUUUGAAGAACUCUGUUGGGUACAGUCUAUGGAAAGAAGAAACUGAAUGCCUCGAAUGGCUGAACUCCAAGGCACCAAACUCAGUUGUUUAUGUGAACUUUGGGAGCAUAACGGUCAUGACACCAAAUCAACUUGUUGAGUUUGGUUGGGGACUCGCAAAUAGCAAGCUUCCUUUCUUCUGGGUAAUUAGGCCAGAUUUGGUUGUUGGUGAAUCAGCGAUUUUGCCACCAGAGUUUGUAUCCCCGUUUAGCCCCGCGCGAUGGGUGAGUCCCUACAUGACUCCACGUGGUUGCCGAUGUGGAUCUCCAUGUGUGACCCACAAAAUGGGGUCUCACGUGCGGGGGAGUGUUGAAACCAAUUGUGUCCCACAUCGGAGAAUUGGCAUGGAGAUUGAUAAUGAUGUCAAGAGAGAUGAAGUAGAGAAGCUUAUUAAAGAGUUCAUGGAGGGAGAGAAGGGUAAGAAAAUGAAAAAUAAGGCCAUGGAGUGGAAGAAACUGGCAGAAGAGGCAACUGGUCCUCAUGGUUCUUCAUCCACAGGCUUUGACAACCUAGUGAAUCAAGUUCUGCUAAGGAAAAGUUAG